CAGCUUCCUCUCUCUCCUUCCCUCCCCAGAUCCAGGAAGGAGAAAACAUGAAUGAGGUAAAGGAUGCCCUCAGAAGCAUAGAGCAGAACUACAAGCUCUUCCUUCAGCAGCAGUUCACGUUUAUCGGAGCACUGCAACACACCCGAGAGAACGCUCAUGACAUGAUCAGACCUGUUGCAAGCAUCAGCCAGGUACAGUCCUAUAUGGACCAUCACUGUAACAAUUCCACUGACAGGCAUAUCCUCAACAUGUUCCUAAACAUCUGCAAUGACCUAAGCAAGCUCUGCCAGAAGCUGGAAAGCGUGCAGCCUCGUAACAGCACAACCAAUGACAUUCUGGGGAGGUGCAAGGUGCUCCUCAGCCACAGCAACGACCUGAGCAGCAUCCGAGCCAAAUACCCUCAUGAUGUUGUGAAUCACCUGAGCUGUCAUGAAGCAAAGAAUCAUUUUGGAGGGGUGGUGAGCCUCAUUCCCAUUGUUCUAGACUGCAUAAAGGAGUGGAUAACCCACACUGAGAAGCUGUCACGGGAGGUGCUGCAAAAUGUGAGUGGUGGAAAUGCUAUCUCUGAGAAGUCAGCACCCCAAGGUGUACCAGACAAGGCAGUCAUUUCCCAAACAGCACCUUCUGUGCACCUUGAAGUUCAGACCUCAUCUAAUAAGAAAGAUAAUGUACAAGUGCAGGGGAAUAAGCACGUCUGGAAGAAGCAGCACCUCAAUGACACAAAAAGUCACAGUGGGAAAUGCAAAAGUCCCUGGAAACCUCCAGGUAGACAUGCCUUUUAAAGGAUCAAAGUUCACCCAUCUCAUACUUACCACCUUUAACGAGGUGGUUGAAGACAGUGAAAUGAUUACUAGAGAUCCUGCCUAUCCAAGUCCACUUUCUGAAUAGUUAGCCCUCUAACCCAGCCUUGAGCAGAUACACACUCUCACCCUUGCUGGUAUUUCCAGCUGUAUCCUUACCAGCAGUAGUUGUAACAUUAGAGCUUAUGCCUUUGACCAGCACUGCUGUGAGAGCAGGGAACAGUCAGGAGUAAUCAGGUUCUAAUCUUUCAGCCAUGAAUCUUAGGCAGGUUUCUUGAAAACGGGAUUUUACACUUUCUCAAGCUUCUGAGGAACACCCACUCAGUCACCAAAGCCAGAGGCGUGAAGAACCUGCAUGUCCGAAGAACGUGAUGCAGAGCAGCAAAGCUGGAUUCAGACACAUGUCUGGGAUUCAGGCGUGUCCCUGAAGUUCCCUCACCCCCACUGAAAUUGUUUGGUCAUUUGGAGCACAGAAUCAAUGUUUACAGGACACUAAUGAUGUUUCCCUUACAUGCCACUGGCUACCAAAAAGGUCAGUGUGUUUUAGCUGCACCGACUGUGCUCUGCUGCAUCCUUCCUGCAGGUUCUCACACAAUGGCCGGCACAUACCCCUCCAAACAUCUUCCCUUACACCUUUUUACCUCCUUGCUGUCAGAGCUAGAGAUGGAAGAGAGAACAAGCAUCAUUUGCACUUAGUUUGGUGCACUGACAAUAUCCAAACUUGGAUAAAACCCUAACCCAUAUCAUCCCCAGAGCUCUGCAAAACCAACAAAGUCAUUCCCAAUGUGAUUCAUGGGAAUCUGGGGGGAGCAGAGAGAGUGAGAAAGCUGUGGCCAUUUUCAGAUGGUUCCUUUUCAAAUUGUAAGUUAAAAUGUCUGUGCUUUCUCUUUUUUGAGAUGAGAAUCCAGCUUGCCUAGCUUUCAAAGAUGUUGUGAGGCUUAAAAUUCAUUAAAAUUGCAAGGCAUUUGAACUAGCCUCAUGCUGCUUUUAUACCAACACUUUACAAUUCCAGCACAGUGACUUUAUACCAGUGCUGGAAACAACUUUCAUUCCAGCCUGCUCAGGGAGGGUCAGCAGAGCCACAGGCUCUCCCCAUUCUCUGGAGCUGAUAACGCAUUUCUGGUGAUGCUUUUAUUCAAGCACAGUUAACUACAAACUUAAGAUCUCAAUAAUAUGGUGCCUUCCCUGUAUGUGACUGCUCUUUUCCCCUCCCACAGAGAAGUUAGCUCCUGUUCUUUGCUUCCUGCUAGAAGAUACUCCUGAAUAAACAAUUUCCCCUUGCA